AUGUCGUCCAUAAAACACCGUCAUCUCGGUGUCAAAUCCUCGCAUCGCUCCGCCCUCCUCCGCAACCUCGUCACCUCCCUCAUCGAGACAGAAUCGAUACGAACGACAUGGCCGCGAGCAAAAGAAGCCCAGCGCAUGGCGGAAAAGCUCAUAACGUUGGGAAAGAGAAACAACAAUGCAGCUAGGCAGCAAGCACAGGCCAUCCUAUUCAGACCCGACGAAUUCCUGCCCAAACUCUUCGGCCCCCUCCGCGAGCGCUACGCCAACCGACCAGGAGGCUACACGCGCGUCCUGCGCACCGAACCCCUAGACCGCGACAAGAAACACAGACGUGACGAGCGCGAGUACAACCCGGGCCAAUCCGAGUCCGCGAUCCUCGAACUCGUCGACGGACCAAAGGAUAUGAGGUUUGCCCUCACGGCGCGGGCGCUGGUGAGACAGAGGGAGAGGGAAGAGAGUGAGGGAGCGGGAAACGGGAUGACGGAGAUCAUGGCGGCGAAUGUUCGCAAGGUCACUAGGUUUCGCGAGGGAGGGGAAGAGGACUUGGAGCGGGAGGUUAGGAGGUUGGAGAGGGAGGGGAGGGUGAGGGGCGCUGGGAGGAGAGAGGAGAUGGAGGAGAGAGACGAAGAGAGAGAGGAAGGGAGAGGGUAUGAGGACAUGAAUAGAAACGUGGUGGAGAGGACGCCUCAAGGCUACGAUCUGAUGAGGAGGCGACGGUGA